GGCCGCGCGAUGUUCGUGCCACUAAGCUCGGGCGAAGAGAGCUACCUCCGACAGGAGGACGCGCGCCGGCGCCGCAAGCUCCGCCUUAUCCAGGUACGCGAGGAAGAAAAGCGCAUCGCACGCGAGCGCAAUGCAUGGUACAAGCGCCGCGCCGCCGAGUCCACCGAGGCCAAGCGGGCAGAGCAGGCCACAGCAUUUGAAACCCAAAAGUCUCUCGUCCUAUCCAACUUGCACGACAAGUACAAGGCUGCCCUCGCUUCUAUUGGCGACGCGCAGCGACACGCGCACGAGUACAAUGCCGAUAUGCAGACCCGCGCCAAGCAUCAACUGGAGCUUCUCGUUGCGAGUGACGCCGUCGUCGAUGCCCGCUUUAACGACGCGCUUCUAACGCAGCAGAAGAUGCAGCUCAUCCGGGACGAGCGUGAGCGUGUGAUCCGCGAGAACAUGCGCAAGGUUCAAGCUAUUGCCGAGCACCAGCGCCGCCACGCCGAGAAGGUGGCGCUAACCAAACUCGAGCGCGAACGCAGCGACCGCGCACUCAAGGAUGAGAUGGCGCGUCGUGUACUGGAGACAGCAGCGUACGUGACCUUGCCUGCGGACCUGAAUACGACCAGACUCCAUGCGUCGGCGCCACUCGUCCAUCGCCACAACGUCCGCCACACAAGCGCCAUGGACGGCUGGGUUGAGGGCGACAGAAAGCGACUCGAUGAAGACGUGCGUCAGCAUACCGCAAUGGAGGCGCGCAAUGUGGGCGAGCAACGUGCCGUAGCCCGGGGCACGUACGCCCAAGACGUCGUGACGGCCCAGCGCAACGCCGACACCGCCCUUGAGUGGCUUUCGUCGCUCGAGCGCCAGAUGAAGCACGACCCGCAGCGCCACGACGUCAUGUACACUCUGGCAGCAAAGGCCGAGGCUGAGAACGGGGACGAGGCUCAGCGAGAACGGGCCUUUGAGUCUCUCUUUCGCAGCGACCAAGCCGACGUCGACGAGGAAGUGCCAACACCUGCACUGUUCGAGGAGCCCGUGCCCCGAGAAGCACUUCCAACGCCCAGCAGCGCUGCGCCACGACGACGCCGCCCGCCUGCAAUUUCCGCGGCCGCCUUUUACCCGCGGCUUGAGGACCCGACUCGUGACAACGUCGAUGCAGAGAAACGGCCCCGAGAGACAGCCGUGACGGCGCCGCUGACAGCAAGUCCCCAAGUUGAUAAACAGCCGAUGUGGCCAGAGGCACCGCUGCGUGAACAAACAGCAACUCGCGAGAAUGAUCACCCAGCGGCUUGGCACGCAACGCCACCACCCCCACGAGCCCCGUCAUUGGAACAGCAACUGCCAGCGUCUACCGAGGCAGUGCCGAUGCCAGACCCAGAGCUGCAGAGGAGUGCGCUUGUGGGCCUCGGUGAGUGUGCCAAGCCACCAACGCCGGUGCCUUCGCCACCAAGCAAGCCCCAAGAUGUCGCCGAGAAGUUCAAAGAAGCAAUCGUGGUGGUGUCGCCUGCACCGUCGCCCGACGCCUCGUCUGUGUCGACGCCAGUGCCCAGUAUUACGCCGACGACGUUGCCUACUGACCUUGGUUCCAAUCGAGAGUCCGCGACGAACGCUACAUCGACUCGCCGUCAUCCGUCGCCGUCGAGUGCUUCGACGCCAGAGGAUUCGAUGUCUGUAUCCCGUACCGGCGGGCCCAGUUUAUCGUACGAAUCCACACCCGUCGUGACAUCUUUCGAGUCGAGUGCCGUGCGACCUACGAGUGCGCGCAUCCAAGCCAGUGUCCAAGCCGCCCGUGGCUGCGAGCCGAUGACACCCGAUGCGACAGAUGCGACGCUACAAUCGGCGAAGGAAACCUCCGGCAACAGCGAAGUGAACAGUCUCUCCGAGCUUCCAGUGCGCACCGAUGGACCUAGCGCCGAUGUUGGUGACAUCAGCUCUGUCAUCGUCUCGGAACUGACGCCAAGCAGCGAGCUGCCAUCACACGCAACGAAGUCGAACGUCAUGAUGGACCUCUCGAGCAGCAAUCUGAUGGACCUCAGUUGCACCAGCGACGACAACUGGGCGUCCCUCGACGACCUCGCCCGUCGGUACUCGGUCUCUUCCUCGGACGACUCGCUCCUCCUGAAGCUACACCGUCCCCCGCAUCAUCCUCGUUCUCGUCGUCUUCUGGCUCGACGCAGCGCAGUCGCAUUCCUCGAAGGCGCAUCGGUAACAGUGCUGCCUCGUCCACCACGCCUGAGCAAGCAGCGGUAGCCAACAAGGCCGACACUCGUAUAGACCAUCCUCUUUUGCCCGCGCAGCAGUGUCGCAGUGCGUCGUCAUCGUCGAAGUCGUCUGUGUCGUCGUCGCCGCGUCGAAAUGCAACCAAGCCGACAGCCUCUCUCAACUCAGCAACGUCGAGAAUCAACACCACGCCAUCGCUGCUGCGGGCGAGCUCUGAUGACGACGAUGUGGCGCUGCUACCAGCGCCCCACAAGAUCUUCCCGGCGCUGUCGUCGAGUAGUAGCGAAUAUAACGCGUCGCCGACAACACAGCGCCCGGCCCCUGAGAGCACAUCUACGUCUGCGCACUUUGGUGGUCCGAACGAGACACCGAUGCUGCCCGAAGAGAUCGAUUCCGAGGUGAAGAUGACCCUCCCGUGCUUCGACCUAGGCUCGUCUUUGGUCUCGUCGUCGUCGUCAGACUGGAAUGAUGCAAGCUCGCUUGUGCGCCAGUCGCUGCGGCGACGAUCUCACCAACUUCUCGGCUCGAGCAGCAGCAGCAGUAGCAGCAGUACUGAGUUAGCCCCGACUGGCAAUUCGGCCAAGGCUCGUCAGCGAAUUCUGAAGCUUCUCGGUGGCUCGUCAUCGUCGUCAUCGAGCUCGGAUGGCUUUGUCAGGACGCCUGGCGUCGAACUGGAUGUCGAGAUCAGCACCACACUCCAGCGCAUGCAGUUGCUCAUGGGCGAGAGCAGCCUCCCGCAGUACACGCUCUCUUCCGUCGGUGACUCGGGUCUCACGAGCGACGUGGGCUCCUCCGUGCUCUUUGGCCACACUACCGGAUUCGCGACCCAGUCACUGCUUGACGACGGACGUGUCGGCGUUCGAAAUCUCUCGUCGAGCGUAUCUUCGUCAUCGUCGUCGCUGACUGACAUGGCGCCGAUCUCGCAGUGGUUCUUGGCCGUUCCCAAGACCACGACACCGACGGCAGGUCUCUCCUCCUCCUCGUCAAGCGCGUCUGGAGACUCGAAGCUUGCUGUCACCGACAUGUUCGAGCAUUCACAGCCGCCGGAUCCAGCUCCUACUACGAUGUGCGAUCGUCUCGACCGCCCAAUCGACGUCGCUAGUCGUGUGAGCCCGCAGCACUCGGUGUACGAGGUGCUCUUGUCCGAAUCAUUGUCAUCAUCGGACUCCAAGACGGCAACGGCCGCCAGAGUUUUACCGAGGGACAGCCCUGCAUCAUCGCCGUCGUCACUCGCAUCAGACAAUGACUGUGGUGACACCCCGGAUUUUGAGUUCCUUGGUGCUCACCGCAUGCUCGCCAGCAGUUCGUCCAGUGCCUUGUCCAACGACCUAACGCCCGUGCACCACGUUCCAAUGCCCAGCGCGUCGGCGUCGUCGGAAUCGUUGACGAACGAUCAGACUCCCGUGCGCCAUGAGGCCUUGGAAUCCAGUUUGGACGAGCCGGCGGUGUGGCGACCUAGUGCAUCAACGUCGUCGCAUUCGCUCUCAAACGAUCAGACGCCCGUGCAACACGCCGCUUUGUCUACAUCAAGACAGCACUCGGUGGUUCCCAUGGAUGCUACGAUCGAGUUUCUUGGCUCGAUGAAACUCAUCUCGUCGUCUUCAUCGUCCUCAUCGUCUUCAGUGGCGUCAAGUGCGCCUUCAACCUUUCGCGGCCCGCUACUGCCAGACGUCUAC